AUGGCGGGCGCGGACGAUGAGGAGGCCCGGGUCGUCAGGUGCGCCUACGGCUGUCGGGACACCACCUGCAGCGUCACCGGCGAGGAGCGCGGCGACGGGGCCGCCGCCGCCGCCGUCGCCGGGCGCGCCGUGCGGACCUACCGGCCGCACGGCAGCCUCGCCAGGGUGCUCUACGACAAGCGGAAGGCGGACGAGUGGCUGGCGGCGUAUGACAAGCGCAAGUGGUACAAGGUAGACAAAACCAAGAUCAGAGAGGAUCUGCUGGAUUUGUGGGUCCCGCUCGGCACCGGCCCCAACGCCGACCAGCCCGACAAAGCCGCCGAAAUUUUCCUCGUGAGAUCCUCGGAGAGAUCCGACUCGCUGCCCCUGCAGGCCUGGCACUCGUUAGCCAGGUCGGCGUUAUCCUGGUUCAUCAGUCGAACGUCCAUAAACGGACUGCUGGGCCGCGGUUCCAUGCACGUGUUCUCCAGCGAGCAAUUUCAAAAGCUAAUGAACGCGAGCGGCUUCACGGGUCCCUGGCAUUCCUUGGUGGACCUCGGGGCAGGUGAUGGCGCAACCACCGCCCACGUGGCGCAUCUCUUCGAGAAGGUGUACGCCACGGAUAUCUCACCCCCCAUGAGGUGGGCCCUGGCGAAGAGAAAGUUCACAGUACUCGACGUGGAGAGGUGGCACCAGGAAGCCGGCCCUUACAACGUCAUCCUCUGCCUAAACCUCCUCGAUCGUUGCGACCGUCCGAACACGCUGCUGAGGCUACUGAGGACCUCGCUGGCUCCCGGCGGCAGGCUGAUCGUCGCCCUGGUGCUGCCGUUCAGCCCGUACGUCGAGGUCGGCGAGCGGGGUAAUCACAAACCGUCGGAGUACCUGCCGGUGCGAGGGAACGGCCUCGAGAUACAGAUAGCGGGUCUGAUCGACCGGGUCUUCGCCCCGGUGGGUCUGCGAUGCCUCGUCUGGAGCAAACUGCCGUACCUGUGCGAGGGCGAUCUGGGACAGUCGUACUACUUCCUGGACGACGUGAUCUUCGUGCUGGAGGCGCAGCCAGUUAGUACACGUUCCUGCGAGUUCGCCGACGUAAACGACGGUGUUUCGCUGCGGAGGAACUUUUAACUCGCUGGGGAGAGAACUCGCGACGCCGCGAGCGGCCGGGACCGGUGUACAGUGUAUUUACGGGGAAGGUGACGGGAUGCCUAACGGAGGGGGGAGGGGAGGGGGAUGCCUAACUAUAGAGGGAAGGGGAAAAGAAGAGAGACGAGAUGACGUGUCUUUCACACUUGUAAAAACUUUAAUAAUUGCUGUCAUGAGUUAGAAUUAUGCGAGAAUACAGAAGAGCAAUACUGGCAAGCGACGACGAGCUUAAUGUGCAGACACAGCGGUUAGCGUUUUUUGGUGUACGAAUAUCGAUUUAGCGAUCCGAGUUUUAAAAAGGGAACGACGGAUCGCGGAACGGUGCGCAUUUUAUAAUCGUUUAUCAUCUUACUGUCGAAUUCGGUGCGGAAACAUGUACACGGUCUUCUAUGGUAUAGAUAUGGCGCGCGAGAGUAUAACGAGAUCCGGAAACGAAAUCUGUAUCUUGUCCCUUUUCUGCCUUUUUCCCCCCACCCGCACCCUCCCCCCUUCCCCCUUUUCUCUUGAUGUGCUCGAUUCGCUCCGUUCGAGAGCACGUCCCCUUCCAGAAUCAAAUCUCAUCUUGCUAAUUAUCUAAAACUAGUAGAAAUUAACGGACGGUAUACGAAGGAGAGUGUUAAACUAAUGCACACAUCACGCGGCGACACAGUUGCAGCGACUGCAGUGAUAAAAAUCGCAAAAACGAAUUAAUGGAAAACGAAACAUGUUUAGACUCUUAAGGGUAAUACAAUCUAGAACAUACAAACUAUAUAACGACGCUAUUUCGAAUUAACGAAAUGUCAACAACGAACGUAAAGCGAAGAAUUAAAGAGACUGCACUGCAGCGCUGCAAGUUGCUUAAAAAAAAAAAAAAAAAAAAAAAAAAUGAACUAAACGCACAAACUCUCCUCGUUGUAUCUCGAAAAACGAUUGCGCUAAUGUCGUGUUCAAAUCGAUAAGGUAAGAUUUUAUCUCGGACGCGGCUCUCCCAAACGUGUCACACAUUUCGAGAUUCUAUAUUUUUGGUAUAUAUAUUUGAUCGACUCUCUUUUCUCCCGUCUCUCAGACUCUGUUUCCGCGCUCGCUUUUCUCUAUUUGGCAUAUGUUGCAACGACUUAGUCAUGGAUAUGCUUAAAAAUUGCAUUUGAUCACGCGGACCCCGACCGAUCGGAGAAAUUCAAACGACGUUGCGUUUGCAUUUUCUCUUUUUUUUUAAUAAUAAUAAUAAUACGUAAUAUUAUAAGAAAUAAGUCCACCUAGUUAUUGGAAAUACACUUUGGUGUGCAACAAGUUAUCGUCGAAUUAUGAACCAUAUUGCAGCAGCCUUCUUGUCAAUAUAUAUAUAAUAUAUAUUAUAUAUGUAUGUCAACAAAAAUGCAGUCUAUAGAAGCCGGAUCAGCAUUCGUUUAAACAGCUACGAUAUAUCCGUGAAGAGAGAAAAAAAAACAAAUAAACAACUGUCGAGAAUUA